AUCUCAUGAUGUGACAGUGUGACAAUAAUAUUAAUAUCGCUAUUGUUUUUCUUAAUUACAAUUAACGUUAUGUGUUUGUUAGCAAGGUAUGGAUAUAUCGCUAAAUGAUACUGGAAAUGAUGAAGAAUAUGAACAACUGACCGCUGCCCAGGUCCUUCAAAGAUUAGAGGAGUACUGGGUAAACGAGCGGUUGUCGCCCUAUCUACUGGAGACUCAACAAGAAGUUGUAGACUGCUUGCUGGAACAAUGCCAGACUGUGGAGAACAACUUCCCUCAGGCAUCCUCAUUCGCUGUUGGAAUACAUCAACUUGAGAUACAGCGUAUAAAAUACAUGGUGACUGACUAUGUUAGAUGCCGACUGAAGAAAAUAGAGCAGCACGCUGAGUACGCUCUGGAAGAAGAACUGGUUAAAGAUGAUCAGAGUGUCCCCCAUCUUUCUCCAUCUGAAUUUGUUUUUGCCAGAGAAUUUCAUAGGAAUACACAGAAUCAUUUCUCGGAAAUAGCCUUGAAACACAUGCCAUCGGCAUUUCAAAAGCUCGGCAAGCAAAAGAGCAUGACAGUACCCAACCUGAAUACCUUCAUCUUCUUCAAAGUCAAGGAGGAUGUGAACGAUGUGCAAAUUGAUCCUCGCGAGACUCCAGUUGAUCUGUCUAAGGAUGAGAUCCACAUAUCAAAAUACUUGCCCAUCGCUCCAUUAUUAGAACAAUCUAAGUUGAAAUUAGUUUAGUGUAAUUAAUUUUUUUGAAGUAAGCUUCUCAAGAUAUUAUAAUGUAUUAUCUUAGCUUCUUAAGUUC